GAACACAGUUUAAAGUGGUAAUUAAAGCACUUUCUCCAAAAGAAGUCACCAGAAUUUACACGCCUCGGCCUUUGGAUAGAAAUGAUGGUACAUUCCUUAUGCGUUAUCGGAUGUAUGGAAGUGUCACAAAAGGCUUGAAAAUUGAGAUACUUUAUGGUGAUCAGCAUGUGGCUCAAUCACCUUAUAUUUUGAAAGAACCAGUUUAUCAUGAAUACUGUGACUGUCCUGUAGAAGACCCUGAGGUCUGGCAGGACAUGAUGUCCUGUCCAUCCCAAGAGCCUCAGAUUACAAAAGACUUCAUUUCAUUUCCCACCAUUGACCUGCAGCGAAUGCUCAAGGAAAUCCCAGCCAAGUUCAGCCAAACAGGAGGUGCUAUUGUCCAUUACACUAUCCUGGAUAAUCACAUCUACCGGCGCUCCCUAGGGAAGUACACAGACUUCAAGAUGUUCUCCGAUGAAAUGCUCCUGUCGCUGGCCAGGAAGGUUCGUCUUCCUGACGUGGAGUUUUAUCUCAAUGUUGGAGACUGGCCAGUUGAGCACAGGAAGGUUAAUGAUACACCUGGGCCUGUACCUGUCAUCUCCUGGUGUGGCUCUGUGGAUUCCAGAGAUAUCAUCCUGCCAACAUAUGAUGUAACCCACUCGACUCUGGAAACCCUGCGUGGAGUCACCAAUGAUCUCCUUUCCAUUCAAGGGAAUACAGGCCCCUUCUGGGAAAACAAAACUGAGAGGGCUUUAUUCAGAGGUCGAGACAGCCGAGAAGAACGUCUCCAUCUUGUCAAGUUAUCCAAGGAAAAUCCAGAACUACUAGAUGCUGGAAUAACUGGAUAUUUCUUCUUCAGAGAAAAAGAAAAAGAGCUGGGGAAGGCUCAGCUGAUGGGCUUUUUUGACUUCUUUAAGUACAAAUACCAAGUGAAUGUAGAUGGCACCGUAGCAGCUUACAGGUUUCCAUACCUCUUGCUGGGUGACAGCCUGGUAUUGAAGCAAGAUUCCCAGUACUAUGAACACUUUUAUAUUGGAUUAAAACCUUGGAAACAUUAUGUUCCAGUUAAGAGAAACUUAGAGGACUUGCUAGAGAGAAUAAAAUGGGCUAAGGAGAAUGAUGAGGAAGCAAGAAAAAUUGCUAAACAAGGACAACUAACAGCAAGAGAAUUACUUCAGCCUCACAGGUUUUACUGCUACUAUUAUAAAGUGCUCCAGAAAUAUGCCGAACGCCAAGCCAGCAAACCUGAAAUACGGGAUGGAAUGGAACUUGUACCUCAGCCUGAUGACAGGGACUCAGUGUGCACUUGCCACAGGAAAAAGCCUUUAAGGGAAGAUCUAUAACUGUACUGGAUGGAGAAAAUUACCCACUUAAAAUGCAGGAAUAGGAAUUAAGCUGUGAAAUCUAAGACUCUUAUGCAGCAGCAGGCAUUCUUAGUUAUGUAUUCUUCUUGUAUUUUCAUACCAUUUUUCCUGCUCAUUCUGAUCUACAGUGUUGGUUCUCACAGUUUUGGCUCCAUGACCACCACCAGACAGACAGCGAGCCUGCAGUGGGGAGUGUCUGGGGGCUUUGUUUGAUGUGCUGCAUCAUCAGGAAGCAGAGCACAGAGCUGCUCGUGUUCCAGAUGGGACCUAUUUACCGAAGUUUUGUGAGGAGCUAGUCACCGCAAAGGAUCUUGCCAUGAGUCAGUGCAAGUUAUUCUAAAGGAGCAUUUGUGAUACAUUGAAACAGUGUUAUGAUUUCUUCAUAAUGUUACCUCAGUGUUAGAUUGUUUCUUGUAUGCAAAACAAUUUUCGAACUAGACAAAGAAAAUGAAUAUUUGAGAUUUACAGAUAUCAGAUCUGGUCAUGCUUUCAGAUUAUUUUGUGGUUUAUGACAGGUAACAGACAACAUGAUAUAACACUCAUCAAUUUUAGAGGAAAAUGGAGAGCGGGGGGAGAGAUUAGAAAAAUGUGUUUAUAAGCAUCAUGUCUGUGAAUCACCAGAAUUAAAUAUUGCUUUAAAACAGACUCUCUAGCUGUCACAGUGCCUUGGGUUCCAAGUCAUCGCUCUGAAAACAUGUUCCCUUCCUGUGACUGUCUGUACAUGUAGUCACAGUUCCACAAAAGGACUUGGGAAUUUCAUGCCAUGGGAAACACUGGUAUCUUAGUUCAGCAAUACCAUCCACAGUAUUCUGGACUACGUGAAAUCUGAAAUUUGUUUUAGAUUUAGCAGAGUUUUAGACCAGCUCAGUUUAUUUUUUUUUUUAAUAGUCUAGGAGUUAGAGUCAAUGUAAAGCAACUGGGAAGCUGGUUGUCCUCCUUGGUUUAAUUCAAGGCCAUUUUUUCCAGAGAGUGCCUUAGCUCUGGACUGGGCAAGAGGUUUUCAGGUCUUCUGCCGAAGUUCAUGUGCAGCCAUGAAGCUAGCAAUGCAAAAUUCACAAGGGCAGAAGGAUCUGGUCAUACCUUUGUGAUAAAGUGUGCCUUUGGAUGGGGCAGAAGAGGAAUCCUAGUCCUGGAUGCAACUCCAAAUACCUCUGUUGAUUUUUGUCCAAGUUUGUAUGCUUCAAAAUGCAUAAAUAGUCCUGGAAGGAGACACCAAGACCAGUGCCCACAAGCACCCAUUUCUGUGUUUCCAUCUUGGCUAAUGCAGCCUGCCUGAGCAACUCCUGACUCACUACAGGCAAAUAAAAGCUUUCGUGGAUACUGAAUUCUCCCUACACUAAAAAGAAUGGAGAUGUCUGCAAGACAGUAGACUUGUCUGAUUGAUUUGGUGCACUGCACAUCAUGCAGGCUUCAUUCUUGGUUCUGCACUGCAAAUUGCAUAAAAUUAAAGCAUUAGAGCAGGAAGAAAGGCAGUAUGCUAAAUAUGGAAAGAACUUUGUCUUUCUAAAGAGGUCAGUGCAACUGUCCAUCAGUCAUUUAUUAUAUUAUGCCAGUUAAGAAAUAAACCUGUAUCAUGUUGCUCUA